AAGCUCACGUAAUUACAGCACUCUUGUCUUAAGUAACCGAAAAUCUUAACAGAAAAGAGAAACCAGAGACACGUGUCGUCCAUCUGUACACUUGAGCAAUCACAAAAAGGACGUUUCCUUUUUGUCAAUGAUAAUGAUAGAUUGGCGAUCAAGAAACCGCCAUUCCAAUUUCCCUUUCCAUAAAUCCACACUCUCUCUAGAAAUGCACCGUUUAGAAAAAGGUUGAAUUUUUUACACUCUGCAUCACCGCUUGUACAUACUAGCUUAUUACGUCUUGUACAUACAUCACUUUCCCACUCUCUCUCUCUCUCUCUACGAUCGGGCGCGGAAAUUCGUCAGCUGGGGACGAUUGUAGGCGAAUUUUUAGUUUGUUCGGAUCAAUUGAUCGAGGAAUGGCGCCGCCGUUAUCGUCCGACGACUUUGGGGUCCAAACCCUAACCCUAAUUUCCGGCCUCCCUAACGACGUCGGGGCGUUGAUUCUCGCAUUCGUUCCUUACUGUCACCACGCCCGCCUCAAACUCACCUGCAAAUCGUGGAGGCGCUUCUUCUCCUCGAAAACCCUAAUAUCUCUCCGCCAGAAUUACGUCGUCGCGCCGAAAUUGCUCUGUAUUUUCCCGCAGGAUCCUUCGAUUUCGCCGCCAUAUCUGUUCGACCCAAAGAAUAUGUCUUGGUGCCCGCUUCCGCUGAUGCCCUGCAACCCGCACGUCUACGGCCUCUCCAAUUUCAUCUCCGUCGCGGUGGGGCCCCAUCUCUACGUUAUCGGGGGGUCCCUCUUCGAUACCCGGUCGUUCCCCCUCGAUCGCCCCUCACCGUCUUCCUCCGCGUUCCGUUUCGAUUUCGCCGCCUUCUCUUGGGAAUCGCUGUCCCCCAUGAUCACGCCGCGUGGCAGUUUCGCGUGCGCCGCCGUGCCGGAACGCGGGAAGAUUUUGGUGGCUGGCGGCGGGUCGCGGCACACCAUGUUCGGCGCGGCCGGGAGUAGGAUGAGUUCGGUGGAGAUGUAUGAUAUAGGGAAUGAUGAGUGGGAGGCACUGGAUGGUUUGCCUAGGUUCCGAGCCGGCUGCGUUGGGUUCUUUAUUGGGAGGGAGUUUUGGGUGAUGGGAGGAUACGGGGAGUCGAGGACGGUGUCGGGCGUUUUUCCGGUGGAUGAGUAUUAUAGGGAUACGGUGGUGAUGGAGCUGACGAGUGGGGGGAAAUGGAGGGAGCUUGGCGAUAUGUGGGAGGAAGGGGAGAGGCGGAGGCUGGGGAAAAUAGUUGUGGCUGAGGAUGUUGGCUGGGAUUCUCCAGGUAUAUUCAUGCUUGAUAGAGGUGAAAUAUUCAGGUAUGAUAGGAGGUGUAAUCGUUGGGCAAAAGAGACGUGUGUGCCAAAGAAGGUCCGUGAUGAUGCAUCAGUUGGGUUUGUUGCAUUAGACAAGGAGCUGUACUUGCUGAGCCUUUUGAAUGCAAGUGAGUGUGGAAGAGGAAGAUCGCAUAAGAGGUCAUCAUCAUCAACGCUGCUGAUACAGAUAUAUCAUCCUGGCAAGAGUAGGUGGAGGUCAGCUAUCGUCAAGCCACCUUUUCAUCACUCCUUGGAUUUUAGAACUACAGUAAUGUGCCCCAUCAGAUUGUAGAUUUCUAUUUCCCUUCCCUGCUCUUCAUCUACACCUUACCAUCAUUGUUUCUUGCACCAACUACCAUGCAUGUAUACAAAUAAAUGUAAAUGUGAGUAUUCAUUUCUUCA